GAGAGAGAGAGAGAGAGAGAGAUUGAAAUCAGUGGCUGUGACAAGCUACAUAGCCUUGAGCUUGUCUUAUUAUAAACAGUGAGUUGGGUGACUCAGGAAUAGUCCUGUUCCUGGCAGCAGUGGCAGCAGCAGCAGCAGCAGCAGCAACACCUGGGACGAUGUUAGCAAGGGGAGUCUCACAUCAGUUAGCUCUGGCCAAGAGCCGUCAUUGCCUCCUUGGCUCAUCAAGAGAAGAUGUUUGGACAUUUAAUGUCCGGAGAGUGCACCUGCCAGUCAGAGGUGGUGAGCUGAGUGCCUUCCCUCUCCGGGUGCAGGGGCCCCGACCCUACAAUGAGAUACCCUCAAAGGGAAGCAAUGGUUGGAUGAAUUUGCUCCAAUUCUGGAUGGAGAAUGGGCUGCACAACCUGCAUGUCCGAACCUUACAGAGCUUCCAACAGUUAGGUCCAAUUUACCGGGAGAAACUUGGCAAUACAGAAUCUGUUUUUAUCAUCAAUCCUGCCGAUGCUGCCUGCCUCUUUGGGGCAGAGGGACCCUACCCAGAAAGAUAUGUUAUCUCACCAUGGUCCGCUUAUCACACCUUCAUGAAAAAACCUAUUGGAGUCCUGUUCAAGAAUUGUGAAAGCUGGAAGAAAGACCGAGUUUUGCUGAAUCAGUUUGUGUUGGCUUUGGACUCAAUAAACAAUUUUGAGCCCCUUCUUACUCCAAUUUCAAGAGACUUUGUAAAGAAGAUUUACAAGGGGAUUGAGAGGAGUGACCAAGGAAAGUUCACAGUGGACAUCAAUGAGGAUCUGUUUCGAUUGGCUUUUGAGUCUAUUUGCAACCUUCUCUUUGGGGAGCGUCUGGGACUCCUAGAAGAUUCUGUGGACCCUGAAGCCCAGAAGUUCAUUGAUGCUGUGUCUACGAUGUUCCGUACUAGUGUUCCGAUGCUGAACAUACCUCCAGAGUUGUUCCGUAUGGUCAAGGCCAAGACCUGGAGGGACCACGUGGCCUCGUGGAAUGAGAUUUUUGAUCGAGCUGAAGGUUAUAUACGGAGCUUCUACCGGAACCAGAAAAUGAGACCAAGAGUCCCCGAGUGUUAUCCAGGCAUUCUCUACUCUCUCUUGCACAGCAAUGCCAUGAGUUUUGAAGAUAUCAAAGCCAAUGUUACAGAAAUGAUGGCCGGAGGGGUGGACACGACUUCAAUGACCAUGCAGUGGUGCCUGUAUGAAAUGGCUCGGAACCUAAAGGUACAAGAGACGCUUCGGGCCGAGGUCCUGGCGGCCCAGCGCGAUGCCCAGGGAGAUGUGAGGAAGAUGCUCAAAUCUGUGCCGCUUCUCAAAGCUGCCAUCAAAGAAACCCUGAGGUUACACCCCAUUGCCGUUACCUUGCAAAGGUACCUUCCAUCGGAUUUAGUUCUCCAAGAUUACAUGAUCCCCGCCAAAAAAGUUGUCCAAGUGGCCGUCUUUGCCAUGGGAAGGGAUCCUGACAUCUUUCCCAAUCCAGAAAAGUUUGACCCUACCAGAUGGUUCCAUGAAGACACCUACUUCCGGGCUCUGAGCUUUGGCUUUGGUCCUCGGCAGUGUCUUGGGCGGAGGAUUGCUGAGUUGGAGAUAACUAUCUUUGUGAUGCAUAUUCUGGAGAACUUCAGGAUUGAACUCCACGAACUUUCAGAUGUGGGUACCACCUUUAAUCUCAUCCUGAUGCCUGACAAGCCCAUUGUGUUCACUUUCCGGCCCUUCAAGCCCCAGCUGUAAUGCAGAGAGACGUGACUUCUGCAUAUUUGUUAUACGGAGAGGCUGAGGAUAACAGGGAGGAAGAUACAGGCAGAAAUGUGACAAACCCAAGUAUAUAAUGUAAUGGGCCAAGAAAAUUAUUUGCCUCUUUAUCUAGGGCUAGAAUUUUUAACCUGGAGUCUGAACUUCAAAAAAAGUACACAUACACACAUAUAUAUUUGGAGAACUAUAUUUCAAUAUAAUUAAUUUCCUUUUGUAAUCCUGUGCAUUUUAUACAAUUAAAAUCACAACUCUGAGGAGUCCACAGGCUUCAUGAAACUGCCAAAGGGGUUCCAUGACACAAAAAGUUAAGGAUCCUUGUGGCCUAUGGAUUUGUCCACUCCUAUGCCAUAUUUUGCCCCGGAGAAAUGUCCUUCAAUCCACUAAAGAAGGUGGGUAGAAGCCUUCUUUGUUAUUGGCUUAAAUUGGGAUUUCACUAGAAGAUCCCCCCUCCCAUUUGACUGGAAGGAAAACAAGAAAUAUUUGUAUACUUGAAUUUCUCAAAAUGUCCUUUUUCAAAAACGUUAGUAAAUUACAAAGGAUAGCCACACCAUUCCUGACUAUCACCAUCAACACAGGUUUCUUUCAUGAACAUUUAAGAAGUGAAGAAAUUGUUGCUAGUACUAUGUUCUGUUGGCUCUAAUCUUGACCUGGUCCAAGCACAGAGAGCCCUGCCAACUGUGGGAAAAGACCAUUUUUGAUAUGGAUAUAAGGCAAUCCAUGUAAUGGAAAGAUCUGGUUUUAGAGCCCAAAGAUCUGGGUUUGAAUCUUGGCUCUGCUAUUCACCAGUUGUGUGACUAUGGGCAAAUUUCUUAACCUCUUUUAAGUCACAGUUUCAUCCUAAGAGGAAAAAUGAUGAAGCAUGUUGUCCACCUCCCAAAAGAGAGAUGAAGACUCAGGAUGCAGGAUAAGACAUAGUUUUGGACAUGGCCAAUAUGGGAAUGUUGUUUUGAUUGAUUAUAUACAUUCAUUACAAGGGUUUUGUUUU